UUAUGGCUGUAGUGAUCCUAUUUGUUUUCUGCCAAUGGGAACUUCGUGUUUACCAUCUUCUUCCCUGGAUAAGUUGUACUAAAUUUGAUCUGCUGUAAACUGAGAGUUGGUAUUUACGUCUAGCUAAUGUUGGAUAUUGUCGAAGCAAAUAUGUUGACUUGGAAAAAACCAGGCAAGCAGACUUCUACUAUUAAACAAAAGAUGAACAAGAACCGAAAAAGGGGCAAAAAAAAGGGACCUGUUGGCUUGGAAUUAGUUCUUAUAUCUUAUUACGCGACAAUACCCGAGGGGGAUUUUCUUUUGUCCCAUUCAACUAGACAGGACAUAAGUCAAAGAUUAAUAAAAGACUUGGGAUUGAAGCCUUGAAGAUGCAACCAAGACUCCAACAACACUGAUCAAUUCUUCUUCAAUAUCCUCUUAAUUACACAGCACCAUACAUAUUUUAAGGAAUGUGUUGACGCCAAAAUCUGAAGAUCUUGCACUAACAAUUCACCAGUCAACUUAAAGAAGGACUGAUCAAUCAAAGAUGACUGUAGUUUAUGACAACUGGGAAAGGCUGGUCACUGCUGUUCUGCGCAGAGAGGAGCUGUGGCUAAGUGGUCUAAGAACACCGAGUGAUGUAUUUUCACUAUCAUCUGCAUCAGCAUCGCCCUCUUUCAAUUUCAGCUCAAACCCACGCCAGGUUUCAUCUUUAAGUUCUUGGAGCUUAUUAGUUGGGGAGUCAUUUACAUAUCAUCAAAUUCUUAAAGCUACAGAUUUCUUGAGUGACUCAAAUCUCAUCAAGCAUGGCCACUCUGGAAAACUCUUUUAUGGAGUUUUGGAAGGUGGGACACAAGUAGUAGUUAAGAAAGUUGAUCUUUCCUGCGUUGAGAAUGAAUUAUGUUUAAUGUCAGAAUUGGAAAUUUGUGGCAUGUUAUAUCAUUCUAGACUGGUCCCUCUUCUGGGGCACUGCUUGGAGAAUGGACACGAGAAGUUUCUGGUUUACAGAUACACCCCUAACAAGGACCUGGCAAGUUUUAUGCGGUAUGAUAAAAUUAAACAACUACCGUCGUUAGAUUGGACAGUGAGGUUGAAGAUUGCAACUGGAGUUGCAGAGGGUUUAUGCUACCUACAUGACAAAUGUUUUCCACCCCUUGUUCAUAGGGAUAUCCAAGCUAGCAGCAUACUACUUGAUGAUGACUUUGAAGUGCGGCUAGGGAGCCUUACUGCGGUCUGCAUUGAAGAACAAGUCUACAACCAAAGUAGGAUUGCUAGGUUCCUGAGGUUGCCAAAGGGUUCAAAACAAACCACAGGUACAUCUACUACAAGUUGUUCUUAUGAUGUGUAUUGCUUUGGAAAUGUUUUACUUGAGUUAGUCACUGGCAACCUGGGUGUCAGUGCUGCCAAUGGCUCCAGUAUGAAGGAUUGGAUGGAAAACGCCCUAAGCUAUGUUGUUUCAAACGAUAAGAAACUCAUCCUAAACAUUGUAGACAAUUCCUUAAUCAUAGAUGAGCAUCUUUUAAUGGAAGUCUGGGCACUUGCUUUUGUUGCCAAGGCUUGUGUCCAACACAAGCCUUCCAAGCGGCCACAAAUGCCAGAAAUACUUGAGGCUGUAAAACAUAUUAAAUUGACCAGGGUCAGUAAUGGACAUCUUCAACCUGCUAGUUAUCCCAGCAAACUUUUCCCACCUCCUACAAUGACAGCACUUCCUGAGGGAUCUCGAACAAUAGACAGAAUACAAGGAAGCCGAUGCCGGAGAAAACCUGGAGUUUUGAUAUCAGAACAAAAACGACGGCUUUCACAGGCAAUACAAAAUGCCAGAUCCUCAGGCAACAGCACUGCUUCAUGGAACUACGUGUUCAUGCGAACGAAGAGGUUUAUCCACGCAGUGGAAUCUUGGCUAACUGUAUUUUAAGGAUUUUUACAUACUUGGAGCUUAAGGCUGCUACAAGAAAUUUCAAAAUUGACACAUUUUUGGGAGGAGGUGCGUUUGGGAGGGUAUACAAAGGUUUGCUUCAUCAGACGUCCACGUACUGUGGCACUGAAGCAGUAAUUGCUGUUAAAAAAGUUUAUGCUGAGUACAUUCCGCAAUUUCAACGAUGGCCGGUAAUUCCACGAAACUUGUAACCAGCCCAUCUCUGACAGCCUUCGUUUGGUACCAAUUGUUCCUACCUAUUUGUAAUAUGGUUAUCGCUUGCUUAUAGAGGACUUGAGCUCUAUAUUCUUUUCUAUUCCUGCAUGGUGUGUAGAAAUGGCUCAGCUUUCCGUAAAAUGUCUUUGCUAUGAACCCCUUGUCAAGACCAUUAAUGGAACAAGUUGUGGAGGUACUAGAAAACAUUGAAUCUGCCAAUUAAAAGCGAAAAGGGCAGGAGAUGAACUCCACCCGAGGAAGUGGUCUGCAACCAAGGAAUGAAGGAUAUCCAUCCCGUGGUUCCCAUCCACUCCAUAUAAGUGCAUAGCGGCUGGACUAGCUUUCUCAAAGAGCAGCUCCUUAUAUAUAUGUUUUUCCUGUACCCUUAGACUAUAUAUUCCAAUCAUUGUUCUCCAAUCCCGCCUCGUACAAGUAGUUAAGAGCCCAUUUUUCUUGUAGCGAUAGAAAUCCUACAGAACAAAAUUGAUAUUUUGUGCUGAUAUUUUGUCAGUCAGCAAUUUGUUGUAAAAAUCAACCACUCAUGUCCUUAGAAUUCGUAGAAAAGGUACCUUUUUUCUGGAUAUUGAGAAGAUUUUAUUGUAUUUUUUGUCAUUUGUCAAUUUAAGGUUAUAGAGAUCUGAUAUGUUUUCUGACA